UGCCCAUAUGUAUUUAUAAAUGUAUUGGCGUAAAAUUGGUUAAGAAGUUUCUAUAAAGCGUAAAUUGCAAACCAAUAAAUACCCGAGAUAUUGAAUAAAAAUCUCCUAACUAAUGUUUUCCCCCAGUGGCACCACUGCCAAAUGUUAUAAAAAAUGCGGACUUUGACAGCUCUCUCUCUCUCGAAUGAAAGAGUUUCGUAUCAUGUUAUAAGAGAUAAAGAGAUGUACAACUCUCUCCUCGACUUUGACAGUUGACUGGAUGGAGGAGGUUUUGACGUUUCGCAAUUGGGGAACUGGAACGGCCAGAUUGAAAUAUUGCCAAAAAAAAAAAUUAUACGACGGUGAUAUUUUUAACCGCCGUGCAAGAUCACUUAUAAUUACUUGAAACAAUAAAUAUAAAUGGAAAUGCGAAAUUUUAAUGCAUUUGAAGAAAUGUUUUGUGAUCUGCAGCUUCCGGAUUUUAUUUUUCCAUGCAAAACAACCAAAAAAAAUUAUUAAUUGCCAGUUGAUACGUAUUAAUUCACUUUACACCACUGAAAGUUCGAAAAACGGCUGUUAUAAUAUACCAUAAUAACGCCAAUAUAGAUGUAAAUAGGUAUUAUUUAUUCUAAUCGUUAAGUAUAUAAUAAUUAUUAAUCGUUAAUUUAUAUUUUAAUACAAAUGACCAAAAAAUAGUAUUUUGUCUGAUCUGGCACUAAUGCAAAUUGUUACAAAAAUGCGAAUUUUGAUGCACUCUCACACUGGAAUAAGUUGGACGUCCCUUUAUUCCUGGCUGAUUCGCUUGGUCUACAACGCAGUGGCGCACGAUACUGAUGAACUACGAUUCGAUGUUGUCGUUAAUAAUUACAACAAUUGGUGUUUACGUGCAGAAACACCGGAAGAUCGCAUACAUUGGGUCGAAGUCCUUCAAAUGUAUAAAGAGGAGUCGGGCACCACUGAUUCUACAUCAUUACGUCGGCAUGGCAGUGCAAUGUCUUUGCAAUCGAACACGGUGUCAGUGGCUAGUGGUAGCAGCUUGAAAAAAUCACAAAGAAAUUUAAAAGAAAAAGUUGGAGAGAUAGAAACGUUUAAAGACAUUCUUUUUGGACAAGUAGAAACUCUUCAAAGAUAUUUUGAUGCUUGUGUCGAUGUUAAUAAAUUAACAGGGAAACCUCUAGAUUUGGGAGAUGGUCUGAGACCAAUUGAUUUUAAGGGAGAAUCUAUCACAUUUCGUGCUACGGCUUCUGGAGUAUUGACAACACUUCAACACUGUUUGGAAAUUAUUGCUGAAAGUGAUGAAUUGUGGAAAAGAAAAUUAGAGCGAGAAAUAGAAAGGAGGAAACGAUCUGAAGAUCAAAAUCGAAAAUACAAAGACGAAAUCGAAAAAAUCAAACGUAUUUCAUAUCCAGGGCCAGAUUUAGAGGAGGGUCCUCAUUCCACUUUGCCGGAAGAUGAGUUCUUCGAUGCUGUUGAAACUGGGCUAGAAAAGAUUGAAGAGGAUAUGCAGAUUCGUGCGAAAUUGAAAUUGCAAACGCAACAAUCUUUGACUCUGGCCAAUGUGCCAUAUCAAGCUCAGCAAAAUGGAAAAAGCCCAAGUACAGAUGAGUUCGGUUCUGGGGGCUUAGCUAGAAACCAUAUUCUAUGGCCUGAGAUCGAUCGCGUUUGCCGCGAACAGUUACAUUAUGCACGCGAAGGUGUUGGCCAAGGAGGUAACGGUUGGCAAAUAUUUGCAGAUGAAGGUGAAAUAAAAAUGUACAAGCGGGAAGAGGAAGUGAAUGGCUUAGUGAUGGAUCCAUUGAAAGCAUAUCACAGUGUUAAUGGGGUAACAGCCCGUGAAAUGUGUCAUUACUUUUUUAUGCCCGAAUUCCGUAAUGAAUGGGAAACUACAUUAGAAGACUGUACAAUAUUAGAGAAAAUUUCCCCGGACACAUUUGUCUUUUUACAAACACAUAAACGAAUCUGGCCCGCCAGUCAACGUGAUGCCUUAUUCUGGUCACACAUGCGCGAAAUUUCAGAAGGAUUAGAUGAUGAUGCGAUAGAUAUGUGGGUUGUAUGUAAUAACUCGACAGAAUAUUCUAAACAAGAAUCCAAAAAUGGCAAAUGUGUUCGCAUAUUUUUGACAGUGAUUUUAGCUUGUCAAACGCUUUUACCACCUGGAAAAACUAAAAACGAUGCCCUCAAUCGAGAUGAAUUAACUUGUAAAAUCACAUACUGCUCCGUUGUAAAUCCUGGUGGUUGGGCACCUGCAUCAGCUUUACGCGCUGUUUACAAGCGCGAAUAUCCUAAGUUCCUUAAACGCUUCACUGGAUACGUGAUAGAUCAAUGUAAAGAGAAACCUAUCAUGUUUUGAUUUUUGUAGAAAUAAUAUUUUUUCUAUAACAUAUGUAAGUAAAUUGUCUAUUAUAGUCGUUGUUUCUUGCUUAAUAUUAAGUAUUUAAUACGGCGCUGAGUUUGGAUUAUGGUGAAAUUUUUGUAGCAACGUUUUGUGUAAUUAAACUGAAAAACUUUUACUUUAUUUUAUUAACUUCUUGAUAGCUCAUAUGAUUUCCAGUUUUAUGUUUAUGUUUAUUUUUAAUUUUAAUUCUUUAUAGACAUAAGAUUAUUUCUAUUAAGUGGAUAAAUUUUGUGAUUGCCAAAAAACAACUAAAAUUGCACAUAAAUAAAAAUGUAACAUUUAAUGAUGAAAAUAAAUACAGUUUUAAUCCUUAAGCA